AUGGCUGCUUCAGGAGAACCGCCCGCGAGCCAUUGUACGCCGCCGAGCAGUUCUGGAGACGCCGCUGCAGCUGCUCCGGCAGCGACCAACCCACCAGUACCCGCCACACCUGAGGCCUCAACUGGGCCGGCUGUGCUCGAAGUCGACGACGCAUCCAGUGACAACGCCUCCACCAUCGAUGAUCGUAUCUCAAGCUAUACCGCUUCACUGUCGUCCAGUAUUGUGGACUAUCCGGAGGAGUACGGUCGACGAUACCAUGCGUACCGGGCUGGAUCUUACCAUUUUCCAAACGACGAAACCGAGAUGUACCGCCUGGACAUGAACCAUUAA